UUUACAUGGUCCAGAACAGUGCACCUCGUGCCAGAGAGGGAGGGCAGGAAGGAAAGGGAGGAGAGAGAGAGACGCACAGGGCAGAUGAGGGGCAUCGGUGCUUUCCGCUCUGGAGGACAAGCGAGGGGGAAAUAAGUGGGUGAGAGAGGAGAGGAAGCAGCUCUAUAUUCUCACUGAGAGGACGGAGGACACAGCAGAGGAGAAGACAAAGAGUGAGUGAUACUUCAGUGAUAGUGAUAGAGUGAUAGAGAACAAGGAGAGAGAGCUAGAGACAGAGAGGCGGAGUGUGAAACGAUAUACAUUUAACUGAGACCACAAAGAGACUAUCAUCAAAUGGACUAGAGAUGACUGGAUUGGGAUGCAAAACUGAGGAAUACCUUCAUGAUGCUUCUGGGGUGGAAAUGUGCUGUGAGCGUUGUCGUAAAGGACAGUAUGUUCGCACCGACUGUGGCAAGUCUACAAAAACAGAGUGUGAAACCUGUCAACAUGAAUACUACACUGCUGAAUUAAACUCCUUGAAACAAUGUCUACCCUGUAGGCUCUGCCAUUCCAGCAGUAACCAGAAGGUAUUGAAGGAGUGUGAAGUCAGCAGUGACAGGCAAUGUGUGUGUAAGACUGGUUUCUACUGUACAGACGAUGGAUGUGAACACUGCCUACCUGUGACCCUGUGCCCUCUGGGUUCAGGUGUCUUGAAUCAAGCCAACCCCCAGAAUGACACAGUCUGUGCCCCGUGCCUACCUGGGACCUAUAACAGCGUCAACGAUGCCAUCACACACUGCCAAUCACACACCAGGUGUGGGGACCUAGAGAGGGAGGUGAAAAGUGCUGGGACUGAGACUACCGAUGCUGUGUGUGGGGCCUUCAUAUCUCGGUGUCACUGGAUACUACCUACCAGUCUGUGGGCGGGACUAGUGGUGACCUCACUCCUCAUCAUAAUCUUGAUCUACAUCUAUUGGAGGGCCAAGGAUCAAUCAUACAUGCCAGCCAACUCCAGUGGUCCUGGAAUUCCUGUAGAACCUGCACCUCCUUCCUUCGCUCCAGCUGAGCUCAAGUUCCCCUCAGAGUGCAACAGCCAUUGGAGCCUGGACCAGAAAGCCACUGAGCCACUCUUCAUCAACACAGCUGUUAUUCAGGUAAACGGCUAUACGUCAGACUGUGAAGUUGAGGCCGAUGGCACCACCAUAACAAUGACAACAUCAGAGCAAUUCAGCCAAUCGGAUCACAGUAAUGGAAUGAGAGGAAAUGACAUCAGACUCUCCCGCUACCUAUCAGAGCCACAGGAAGAUGAGUGGCCAGGGACUUAAUUCUGAUUUUCAACUAAAUCUUUUUAUUUUUUAUUACAUUUUUCAAUUAACAAGACCUACAUGGGAAAACAGCUGAUUCCUUGAAGGUUCCUGGAUACAAUCCCUUUUUUAAAGUCUUAUCUCUGCAAUGUAAAUAUACUGAACUAUAAACAUCCAAUGAACAUUCUUUGUUUCUUAGAUCAUUGAAAAAAAACUGUUGGGGAGGGUUUAAAUAAAGUAUAACCACUGAGGUCAAAUGUCA